AUGAAGACUAGCAUCGCCAUCGCCUCCGCCGCUGCCGCAAGCUCGCCGCGGCCGACUUUCUCAUCUACGGAGCCGACUCGUACUCGGGUGUUGGCGGCUACAACAGCUGGACUCUUCCCUGGCGAACCCAACUGCAACAACGUUUGCAGCACUUACUUUAUCCCCUCGGUUGACGAUGCGAGCGGCAGCCGCGAGGGAAUUCGCUGCCAGGGCUGUGGUGAUGACGACCCCGACGAGGUUGAGGUCCACCUUAACGACAUCCACUUUACACUCUACAAGUCGGGCGGCUUCAUGAUGACCCCUGCGGAUGGAGGCGCCCUUUUGGGCCAGUGCUUCCUCGAGUCUGACGACUACUUUGGCCCUUGCAUGUGUGGCCCCGGCGACGCCAACUAUGGCCAGAAGUUCAUCCGCUGCGAGACAGACAUCACUGCCUGGGACACCGACUACUACUACGGUUAG